AUGUUCAAUUUUGCAAAGAAACGUCCCGCUGAAGAUUCGACAUCGACAUCGGGUGCGCUGAAACGUUGUAAAUAUGAGAUAGAAAGCGAUGAGACGCCGCACGUCAACGAUGAAGGCGAGGGGACGCCAAAUCGGCGAUCUCCUAGCGAAAUGUCAACCAUUGAGCCAUAUAUACAGGAGCUGCAGGAAAUGCUCGAUCAUGCUGAACGUCAGGUACAUGACCUGAAACGGGAACGCGAGCAGAUUCUUGAGGAACAUGGGAUUGAGGUGGAUGGUUACCGAGACCGCAUCGCCGAUCUAGAAGACGAGGUUAGUUAUCAGCAGGUAACGAUCGACGUCAUGAGUGACGACGUUGACCGACUAGAGAGAGAAACGCAGGAACAGAGGAACGAUAUAGAGGAACUGAUGGAGCGGGAACAUGGAACUACCGUUGCGCGGAACGAGGGUAUCAGAUUACUCAAGGAUAUCAUCACCGGACUAGCGGACAGCGCUGAUUUGUGA